AUGGAUAAUCUAUGGAGUCGCCGCAACAAUUCGACCAAACUCUCCUUGUCCACCUCGGGCAGCAAUGCCCAGGGCGACAGCCCCUCGGGGCGCAACACCUUCUCCAAGCGAUUCGGCGGUGACAGCUCUUCGCAUGGCGGCAAAUCCAACCCCUUCAACCCCAUAACCACGCCUGGGGCCCUGGCGUCUCCGACAACCGGCGCAUCGAGCGCCUUCGGCCUCGGCUCAGGCGCAUUCGCGUCCUUCGGCUCGGGCAAGACCCCCAAGUCCCCCGGGAACCCCUUUGAGAUCUCCCUCGGCGGUGCAUCUGCCAAGACACCGGGGGCCGAGAAGUCCUCCAAGGAAGGCGGCUUGAACAAGGCCAUCGGGACAACCUCGUCCAGCACCACAUCCCUCUCCGAUUCCAAGGGUGGGCCCUUCUCGACGCCGGGGCCGGCGCACCAGCUGCGCACCAGCUGGGUCUUCUGGUUCCGCCCACCCAUCUCGAAGGCGAACGGGUACAUCGAGUACGAGAAGACCUUGCACCCGAUCGCCUCCUGCAUGACGGCCGAGGAGUUCUUCGUGGUAUACCAGCACCUGAAACGCCCGUCGACCCUGCCGUUGGUGUCGGAUUACCACCUCUUUAAGAGAGGGAUCAGGCCAAUAUGGGAGGACGAGGAGAACAAGAAGGGAGGCAAGUGGAUAGUGCGCCUGAAAAAGGGCGUCGCCGAUCGGUAUUGGGAGGAUCUUCUGUUCGCCAUUAUCGGCGAUCAGUUUGGCGAGGCCAGCGACGAGGUGUGCGGGGCUGUGCUGAGUGUCCGGAAUGGCGAAGAUAUUCUCAGUAUCUGGGCGCGUACGGACGGCGGGAGGGUCUUGAAGAUUCGUGAAACGAUGAAGCGGGUCCUCGCCUUCCCGCCGGAUACCAAGGUGGAAUGGAAGAGCCACGACUCGAGCAUACAGCAGCGCACGGCCAUUGAGGAGUCUCGUCGAGAGAAGGCCAACAACCAUCACCACGAAAAGCGGUCAUCUAAGCAGCAGCAGCAGCAUCAACAACAGCACCAACAACACCAGCAGCAAGCGGAUGAUCAGAAGAACACCACUGUAAAUACAUGAUCGACACACCCCCCCGCCCCCUAAACAAGCUACGCGCCCUGUAUUGUGUGGGAAGAGAUACAUCUACGCCCCUCCAUCCCUGCCAUGUAUACUAUCAACCAGCGAGCGUGCGAUGAAUUCGGUAUCUCCCGCCAGAAAACAGCACGGAAACUAUUUUUGUCCCUCGGACACAAACGGCUCUACGAGAUCGAUUGCGUUUAUCUCCGGCAAAUCUUUUUCUUCUUCUUGGGAACCCGGAGAGAGGUGGAUUCUUGAGUGGAACGCAUCGGCUGAAUUUUUCUUCUUUUUUUGGCUUGCUAUGGAUGUACUCUAGUGUCCUGGUUGUAGCUGUUGCGAAGCCAGCGGGAAUAAGAAAAAAAGUAAAAAAAUCGAAACGACGAUAGGUCCGCCACCGGAUGUCGUACUCCGCGAGAGAAGAUCGUGAUUUAGGCUUGUGGGUUGUGGGUUAUGUGG